AUGAGACUCUUUUCCAGUGGACCCCUCGGUGGAAUGGCCCUGCUCUGGCUCUUGGGACUUCUACUGUGUGAGCUGAGCAGCAGCAGCUUCCAUGGGAAUUACCUCCACACCUCCAGCUUCCUCCAGAGGAGACUCAGUGGCUGGGAGAAGCGGGAAAUGCAACGGGAGAUCCUGUCCAUCUUGGGGUUGCCAGGCCGCCCCCGGCCCAGGCCCCCCCCAGGGGCCAAGCUGCCAUCUUCCGCCCCACUCUUCAUGUUGGACCUGUACCAUGCCAUGGCCAGUGAAGAGGAAGAUGGGCAAGGCAGUGAUGAUGCAGAUGUGGCCUGGGGCCGUGGGGUCUCCAGGCCUGUGCUGACCAGUCUGAGCACCCAGAGUCCUCCUCUGGAACGAGUCAUCAGCCAUGCUGACAUGGUCAUGAGCUUCGUAAAUAUGGUCGAGCAUGACCGGGAUCUAUUCUACCAAGAGCCCUACUGGAAGGAGUUUCGAUUCGACUUGACCCAGAUCCCAUCAGGGGAAUGUGUCACGGCCGCCGAGUUCCGCAUCUAUAAGAUGAGGAGUUUCACUCGACACCUCAACAAGACCCUCCACAUCAGCAUAUACGAGAUCGUCACGGAGCAGUCGAACAGGGAAUCUGACUUAUUCUUGCUAGACCUGCAGAUCCUCCAGGCAGGGGAUGAGGGUUGGAUGGUUUUUGAUGUCACAGCUGCCAGCAAUCACUGGUUAUUAAAUCGUAAAAGUCACCUGGGACUUCGUCUUUAUGUGGAAGCCGAGGACGGGCGAAGCGUCGAUCCUGGAUUAGCUGGACUGCUGGGUCGGCAGGGGCCACGCUCCAAACAACCUUUUAUGGUCACUUUUUUCAGGGCAAACCAAAAUCCCAUCCGAGCUCCUCGGGCACUCAAGCAACUAAAGAAAAGGCAGCCGAAAAAAAGCAACGACCUCCCCCACCCAAACAAACUCCCAGGGAUCUUUGAUGACAUCCAUGCCGCCGAGGGCAGACAGGUUUGCAGGAGGCAUGAGCUCUACGUUAGCUUUCAGGACCUUGGUUGGCUGGACUGGGUCAUUGCACCACAAGGGUACUCUGCCUACUACUGUGAGGGAGAGUGUGCCUUUCCACUGGACUCCUGCAUGAAUGCCACCAACCACGCCAUCCUGCAGUCCCUGGUGCACCUGAUGAAGCCUGACAGCGUCCCCAAGGCCUGCUGCGCUCCCACCAAGCUGAGCGCCACCUCGGUCCUUUAUUAUGACACCAGCAACAAUGUCAUUCUCAAGAAACACCGGAAUAUGGUGGUGAAGUCCUGCGGCUGUCACUGA